CCUUCGACACUGCACUGAACACCACUUUCCCCAUACAGACGCAAUUUUGGCCUUUUCGAUACCCUGUACAUACGACCACAGCACCACACACAUACCUAUACAAUGGCCUCCACAAACUACCGCGAAGCUUUCCAGCUGUUCGACAAGCGCGGCAACGGCCGUGUCGAUCGUGGCUCCCUGGGCGACCUGCUGCGCGCAUGCGGUCAAAACCCCACGCUGGCCGAGAUCGCAGACCUGGAGCGCGGCGUCGGCGCCGACUUCGACUUUGAGACCUUCUCCAAGAUCCUGAACAGGCCCGGCGGGUUCCGCGAGCCGUUUGACAUCGAGGAGUACAUCCGCGGGUUCCAGGUGUUCGACAAAGACCGCAGCGGGUUCGUCGGCAAGGGCCAGAUCAAGUACAUCCUGACGAAUCUGGGCGAGAAGAUGAGCGAGGAGGAGGUCGACGAGCUGUUCAAGAGCACGAUCGAUGCGAGCAACGACGAGGUCGAUUACAGGGAAUUCGUCAAGACAAUCGCAGAGAACUAGACGGCAGGGCACGGAUGUUACGUUCUUACGAAGAGCUUCAUGUUUAUGGUUUUGGCAUGCGGAUACUGGCGUUGGGAUUCUCGAGGGCACCGGUCUUGUUCACUGCCUGAACGGCAAGAGCGGAGUUAUGUAGCCAGGCUGCUACUGCGGCCUCAAUGACACACUUCAUGCACACAACCCAUGUUCACAAAUCAUGCGCAGCAUUCGUCGCAGCUUUGACGUGUAGUAGAGUAGGACCGAGUGAGCGGCCUGCCCUGAACAUCAAUGGAAAGGGCGAGCAGAACAGAGUUCAUGGAGGUCACGUUAUGUAAGUUCACUGCACAUCUCACGAGCGAUCACACACUCCUUCACGAACGGUCA